AUGGCGUUAGCUCCGGCGCUCUUAAAGCCCGUGAUGGACUUCAGGUUCCUGGACGAGGGUACGGGCGGGGAUAAGAAGCGCAAGCGACAAAAAGAGGAGCGCGAGGCGAAAGCCGCCGCCGAAGCCGCGGAGGCGGAAGCCGCCGCCGCGGAUCAACCGGGCGACAUGGCAAUUGACGGCGACGGCGCCGACGGCCAGCCGUCAGCUAAACGGCAAGCCGUUCCCAUGGCUGACGACGAGAACCGGCCGUCGUUUGGCCGGCCGUCGUACGACGGCGUAAUCGCUGGGAAGGCUUCGGGUCGCAAGUGGAAAACCGUGCGAACGACGAGAGCAUCCGCGUUAAUAGUCACUGGGCGAAAGGAGGUUUCGUUAGAAGAGAAGCGAAGGCAGCGAGAGCUGAAGAAGGCGUAUAGGGAGCGGAAGGAGGAGCUGAAGGAGGAGAUUAGGAGCCACAAACAGGAGAAGCGCGCGGCGGCGCAGGAGAAGCAGCGGCGGAAGGAGGAGAAUGCGCUUAAGGGCGCGUUUGAGGAAGAGGAUUGGCACUUGAGGCAUUGA